AUGCCGAGAAGUCGAAUCGCGCUGACUGGCAGUGUGCUGUAUGCCAACAAGAUCAACCCGACGGUCUGGCAGGAUGUCAAUCAAGUGGAACAGUUUGGGUUCUUGAUCCAACCAUUCCACUUGAUAACACCGGACAAUGAAACGCUCUACGGGUGGCAUCUGAUGCCCUUACAUCUGUGUCUCGAGCAUGAGCAGGAGCUGAUGGAAAAUACCCCACACGGUCCUGCAGAUGAUUACACGACAACGCCUGCAUAUAAGUUGCUCGCAAACGAUCCGAAUGCGCGAGUUGUGGUCAGCUUCCAUGGAAAUGCAGCACACUUGGGGUCUGCUCAGCGCCCUCACAAUUACAACACAAUGUUGGGUCUUUCGACCCCGUCAAAUCCCGUACACGUCUUUGCUAUCGACUACCGUGGCUUCGGCGUGAGUACUGGAAGUCCCACAGAAGAGGGUGUCAUCACAGACGGUGUGUCGCUUCUGAACUUCAUCACCGCAGGACCCUUGAAUGUUUCCCCGUCUCGGAUCGUGCUCGUGGGUCAAAGUCUCGGCACCGCUGUGACGGCAGCGGUCGCAGAGCGUUUUGCAUUUGGAUCCACAGACCCUGCAGCCCUGCAGCCCGCCAUCAAGAACCCGGAGCCUUUUGCUGGUGUGGUUCUGUUGGCCUCGUUCAGCAGCCUGGUCAAUGUCAUCCAAUCAUACAGUUUGAAGGGCUUUACGCCGCCCAUGCUGUCCCCGCUCAUGGGGUAUCCCCGCUUCCAGAAAUGGCUGAUCAGUCAUAUCGUGGAUCAUUGGGAUACAGCGGGUCGAUUGGCACGCCUGACUGGUGUUGCGAUGGCUGGCUCAGACAUGCAGGUGGAGUAUCCCGAUCAGAACCUUGAUCUGACGAUUGUGCAUGCUUUUGACGAUGUCGAGAUCCCUUGGUAUGAGGGCCGCACUGUUUGGAAGACUGCCACCGGUGAGGAUGUCGCAGGUGCCCCGGGGGAGUUGACUUACUACAAAGCCGAGAACGGCAAUCCCAGUCAGAUCAAGGUGUGGAAGAAUGAGAUCAGCCAGGAAGACGGAAGCACGGUUGUGAAGACCGUGAGAUGGGAGCGGGUGCGAUACGGCGGUAUGUCGAGACCCUUGAAUAUGCUAUAA